AAUUUCUUCUUUUUACAAAAUCGAAGGAUGCAUAGAAAGACUCACCAAAUGGAUUACAAUUAGAUUUCACCCAAAGCGGCAAAACUAUGAGCAAAAAUCAAAGAAACAGCCAUCAACUUCUACAAUUCCACGUGUCUCUCCCUUUCUCUCUCCUUCCUCUCCAUUACAACAAGCUCCUCCCCUUAUACUCGAUUUCUCAGUCACCUUUUCUCGUUCUCUCUCUCUCUCUCUCUCUCUCUCUCUCUCUCUAUGUGCUAUUUUGUCAGGAACCCAUAUUAUCAUUUUGGUGGAUAUUGAUCUCUCUAGCUUUGUUUUGAGCUGAAGGUAAAAAAAUACCAUUUUCUGUUUGAGCCAUUUCAAGAGAAACUCUGAUCUAUUUUGUGGCAUCAGGGUUGGUUGGUUGUGAACAUAGCAACUCAUUUGGGUUUUAGUUAAAAGGUCACCAUUGCUAAUUAAUACUUUCCUUAUUUAAUGGCAAACAUGUUGGCUUAUCAUUUUCUUUGUGCCAAAUCAGCCAUGAAUCGCCUAUUUGGUUGAUUCAAGCUUCUUUUAAUCCUUGGAACUUCUGUAAAAUUUUCCCUUUAUUUGGUCACUUCUUCUGUCAAUUUUGGGUUUGAAGGGGUGAGUGGGAUUGGAAAUGAAUGAUCAUGGAGAAAAACAAACUGCUUUUGAGAUAUGCGUGGUGGUCCCCAGGACUACUGUGAAGAAAGAAGAUAAGAAAUGUGACUGCGUUGAGGUUCUUGUCAAGGAGUUGAAGAAUGUGGGAUUUAUAGUAGACAGAGCUCUUGGCCUGACAGAUGAGUUCAUCAAGUUGGCAGCACCUCUACAGACAUUGGGGAAAGCUGCAGCUGAGUUGCAAAUGAAGAAGCUUACUUAUAUUGGAAUGGAUCUACAGUUUGAGUGGGAGGAAGUUAAAGCAUUCGUGAGACAACCAGAUGGCUCAUUGUUUAGCUGGUGUGAACGUUUCGAGUGCUACCAUCAUUUGUUAUAUGGGAUUGUAAACAAGAGCAAGGUAGAUGCAAUGUUAAAAUGGGACAGCAAAGAAUAUCUCUGGGAAGUUGGGGAAUCUUUGAUGCUGAGAUUGGAAUCUGCAGGCAUUGUUAAACAAGUCUUUCCUCUGCAUGUUGAAAUUAAGAGGAAGGAGCUUCUGGGAAGCUGGGUACUGAACUGGCGGAACUUCACAAACCAGCCAAUUGAUGACAUGUAUUCCUAUUUUGGGUUGAAGAUUGCCAUCUAUUUUGCUUUCCUUCGUAUGUAUACACGUUGGAUGCUCUUUCCAGCUGUGUAUGGGGUAAUCAUUCAUUUGGUUGACUUUGGAUCAUUGCAGUUCCUAGUUCUCCCAGUAUUCUUUAUAAGCAUAAUAUUAUGGGCCGUUUUGUUUUUCCAGUUCUGGAAACGUAAAAACUCUGCCCUUUUAGCCAGAUGGCAGAUACAUUAUUCAGCUAGUGCUGGCCAAGGAUGUAAAUUUUUGGGCAUGGAAUGGAGUUCCUUACAGUCACCACUAGAACUUGUAAAAAAUUUGGGGAUUGAUAAAGUAAAAGAGAAAGAAGCGUAUCAAAGACAUGAAUGGUUUGGGUAUCUCAUGCGGUUUAGAAAUAAUGCCAUCAUUAUUUUGAGUAUCAUCUGCCUUCAGUUGCCAUUUGAGUUGGCCUAUGCUCAUCUUUAUGAGGUUAUGGAUUCGGAUGUGAUGAAGUUUGGGCUGACAGCUGCUUAUCUUGUUCUCAUUCAGUAUUUUACGAAGAUUGGGGGCAAGAUAUCAAUGAAGCUCAUACAAUAUGAAAACAAUGAAAACACAGAAUAUCAGGCUGACAGCUUGGUCUACAAAGUCUUUGGCCUUUAUUUUAUGCAGUCAUAUAUAGGAGUUUUCUAUCAUGCCCUUCUACAUCGCAACUUCAAGACUCUUCGCCAGGUUUUAAUUCAGCGUCUGAUUGUGUAUCAGAUCUUGGAGAAUGUGUUGGAGAAUUCACUACCCUAUCUCAAAUACAGCUAUAAAAAAUAUAGGGCUGUUAGAAAUAAGAAAAAACGGGAGAAUCAACCAUCAAAUGUGAAGAUCCAGUUCAAUUCCAAGGUGGAGAAAGAGUACCUAAAACCUUCAUAUUCUGCAAGUAUUGGUGAAGAACUAGAAGAUGGUCUUUUUGAUGACUUUCUGCAGUUAACAUUGCAGUUUGGAAUGAUCAUGAUGUUCGCUUGUGCUUUCCCCCUCGCAUUUGCCUUUGCUGCUGUGAACAGCUUCACAGAACUUAGAACAGAUGCAUUGAAGUUACUCACCAUGUUGAAAAGGCCGGUUCCUCGUGCAGCUGCCACCAUUGGAGCUUGGUUAAACAUAUUUCAGUUUCUAAUCGUGAUGUCAAUCUGCACCAACUCUGCACUACUAGUAUGCUUAUAUGACAAGGAGGGAAAAUGGAAAAUAGAGCCUGGGCUGGCUGCAAUUCUCAUAUUGGAGCACAUCCUCUUGCUGAUUAAGUUUGGGUUAUCUCGCUUUCUUCCUGAGGAACCUGCUUGGGUAAGAGCCAACCGAGUGAAGAAUGCAACACAGGCACAGGGCAUGUAUUCUAAACAGCUUUUGAAAAGCAUUUCUGGAAAAGGAAAGACAUUUGGACUUAAUAAGACCAUGUGAGGAUGUUGAUCAGUAAACCAAGAACAGAUGGAGAUGAGUUUAUGAAUUUUGAUAGUCGCCGGGAAUCAGUUAGAUGAAUUUUGUGUCAUGGGGUUUCUUUCCUUUGUAUAAGAUUUAGUCUAAAACUACCAGAUUUUACUUUCCCUUUUUCCUGAAUAACAACACUUUAUAUAUUCUGUUAACCAUUGAUAGUUACAAUUAGCAUGGAAA